CUCAGACCGUGUAAACACCAGUAUAUAAGAGGAACAAAUGAAACCAAAAAGACUGCAACUCUUGGCAGCGCUAUUCUUCUGUGUUCGCGUGUGUUAGAGGAUUGUGCGACGCCGUAGACACGAUUCCUGUGUUGCCGAUCACCGUCGAGCUGUGCAUUCUGGCAGCCGACGCCAACACAGUUGGCGCAGCGGCGCGUGAACCCGCUGGUGCACCUCGCACUAUACGACGCGACGCGGUCCAGCCCGACCAUGCGGUUCUACACGGCGCAGGGCGUUGAGCGGAGCUCCGACAUGCGGCCAGGGAGUUCUUUCUCCACGACGGCGUGGAGAUCGACUUGGAGAGCCAGACCGAGCACCUCACCAGGAUCAUCAAAUGUCAGUGGACAAAAAGACCCUGAUCAAGAUGCGCGUGGCUUGUCUCAGAAAACCAUCGGAUAUAAGACGGCCGUCGAAGAUUUUUUUUAUUUUUCUAUAAUGGACAGGGACAUCCGGCUCCUCAAUUACCUCGAUCCGACCAAAACUGGGCUCCUGACGCAUCUCCUGAACGACGGUGACCCGAUCAGCACCUCCUACAUGAACUACGACUGGUCUCUGAAUGCCUGACCAGAAUUCGUCCGGGAUGCCGCCGGAUGCGUACAGUGGUGAAACUUGGGGCUAGUGCCAGGAAUCCCACGAUAUCCGUUCAGAGCUGAGGUCGAUCAGCUGCUGGUUAAUGGCCAGGUGGACCGAUGACAUAUAUAUAUAUAUAUGUUUGUGAUCAGCAUACUGAGCUUAUUCAGUAGAGAGAAAUCUAAACAUGUAUAUAGAAUUCUGAAUGAUGAUUUUGUACUCAUGAUAUGCCCCACGCGCGUCUCUUGCGGAAGGCACAUGAGGGUAAAUUUUCUGCACUGGAGUUGUGGAUGUUAAUUUUGCUCCACAGGGAAAAAGAGUAGAUUUUAUACU